CAACAAUAACCCGCUCGUUUUAGUGUUUCCAAUCGUAACCUUGAGUCCUCCUUCCCCUCUUAUCAUACAUGUCGUUCGACUACGAAUCUGCUCUUUCUUCACGAGAAUCGGAUGGGGUAGACAAGGAAUUGCAGACAUUCAUACAAACGAUACAACAAAGAGCGGAGUUUCAGAAUCAUGUCAAUCAUCUGACUUCUGUGUGUUGGGAUAAGUGUGCUGUUGGAUACCCGUCUUCGAAAAUGGAUGCGAAAAAAGCAAAUUGUAUCGAAAACUGUACAGAACGUUACUUGGACGUUUCAAUGCUUCUUCGUAGUAGGUUUCAAUCUAUGUUGGCGAAUUUGCAACAGUAACAUGCUUUAACAAGUGAAAUACUUUGCUUGUGAUCAUAUUUGGACUCAUGUACAUAGUGUAGUAAAUGUCUUUAUUUUCUUCUAACCAGAAACCUUGUUUGUGUACUUAAUUGCACUGGUCAUGCAGACAUUUGCUCAUAUGUUUAAUUGUAAAAUCUAGUUAUUAACUCAUGUUUUACUUUUCUAUAUAAACGAAAGUUUAUCUGAUAAAAUUAUUCCUGUUUUUGUACUUCAACAUGGUGAUUCCAUUAAGCUUGUAGAGGAUCUACCUGAGGUGCUUAGAUACACUUGUACAACUUGAAACAAGAAAAUAUUGGGUCUUAUUUAAUUCGUUUCUAGUUUUCUAUACCAGCUGGUAAAACACACCAGGAAGACCUCAACUAGACAUUUAAAUACCGGC